AUGCUCACAUUGGAGCCCAUAUUUGUCCUCCAGGAUCCGGCUUGCAAGAAGUGCCAACUGCACGGUGUCGUCUGCAGGCGCAGCAAUGGCUUCAACUUUGCCGGCAAGUCAAGGACCGAAGAAGGCAAGAAGUCAAAGUGCGACUACUGCUCCUUCCUUGGCAAGCCCUGCUCAACCGGCCCUAGGAACUUGACAGCCAAGGUUAGAGCUCUGGACAAGCUGCUUGAGGUCCAUGCCUUCCUUACAGACUCGGCCACGCUCGCCAGGGACAACAAGAAGGUCCAACUCGAGUACACAUGCAUGGCUGCAUCGCUGUUUGAGGCCUACGACAAGCUCUCUCAGAUCGCAAAGGAGAGCGGCACCAGCAAGCUGGCUCCCAGAAAGAAGACAAGCGCCAAGAAGUCAUAG